AUGGAAAUUUCAUAUUCUAAUAUUAAAUUUCUUUUGUUUCGUCCCAUUCGUGGAUUCAAUGAUGGUGGCACUGCAGUGAGGGUUAUUUAUAACCGAAAAUCUAGAAACGCCAUUUCUGAUCAUGCUUCAACCAACGGCAUACCAUUACACCUUGAAAACAAAUUCAAUAUCAACGCUCAAAUGAUCAAAAUCAACAGUGUAAUGCAUGAAUUCGACUCUUUGUACUACAACAAAUAG